UCAUAUUUUUCUGGAGAAGGAGAAGAGUGAGCAAGUGAAGAAUUGAUGAUGAAGUCCCUCUACAUUUGUCUUUCUGCAGUCCUCCUGUCAGUCUCAGUGCAGGGUCACACGGAUUCUGCUAAUGGUUGGUCAAUGACAAUCGCAGAUGAAGUGAGGGCUGAGGAAGGAGGCUCCGCUGUCUUACCCUGCAGCUUCACCCACCCUGACACUCACCUCACACUCACCGGCUCUAUCUUAUGGUGCAAGGAGGAAUCACGGUCUUUUAUCUUUAAGUGUACAUAUUCUGGUCCAGACCAUUCCCAGGGUGAGCUGUGUGAGAAUGUGAGACAGCGGGACGGUGGGAAUCGAUUCAGAUUCGUGGGGAGUCUCACCAACAAAGAUGCCUCAGUAAUGAUGGAGGGACUGAGCCGGGAGGAUGUUGGUUUCUAUCGGUGUCGUGUGGAGCUCAAUAUCGGCAACUUUCAAACAUGGUAUGGAACACGCCUGGAAGUGGAAGCUGCUCAAGGAAAUGUCUCAGUGGUGAGUGGGACAGAGGGAGAUUCAGUUACUUUACCCUGUAUCUUCAGUCGCUGGUACUACCCUCCCCUGUCCACUGUUACCUGGAUGAGGAAGGAGCCCUGCCAACACAUCGUUACAUUUACAGCCCAAUCACAGGGAACUUGGACAACUGGACACGGUGGAAAUCGGUACGAGCUCAUCGGGAACCCAGAGGAGGGAAACGCCUCGACCAGGAUAAACCAGCUGAGUGUGAGGGACAAUCACACUUACCUGUGUCUGGUGGAAUACAGGUCAGACCCUGAUUCUCAGUAUCUGAUCCAGAAAGAGACACGGUUGCAGGUACAUGUGAACAGGACUGAGCCCACCACUGUAUAUCUGCCAGUCAUUCCAACACUUCUCAUCCUGCCCAUCUGCUUCAUAAUCUUCAUCAACUUCAGCAACAAAGGAGGGUGUUCACAGCAAAUCAAGAGAACGACACCUUUGAAAAGGAAUGAUCCAGGGUCAUCCAGCAUUCCUGAGCCUCAUCAGGCCCAGCAGCCGUUGACCUCAGGUACUGGCUGUACUCGAACUGACCAAUCACCAUCCAUUUCAGACACUGUAACAUCGAGUGUGUGAAGCAUCAACACAGUGGACAGACCUGCAGUGACAGAGUACCACCCUCACUGUACAGCCUGACCACUUUGGACUAACUCUCUUCCCAUUCAGUGUGACCCAGUGAG